UGAUAUACAUCUCCGUCAAAUAAAUAAAGGAGAGAAGUAAUGGGAUUUAACUAUGCUAUAGGAGAAAGUAUAUGGGAGACGCGGUAACGAAGGUUGGAAAGAAGAUUGAGAUCGUCCAAAUAAAAAGGUGGUAAUAAAAAAGUGGCAAGCUUUGUAGAAACAAUUUACGAUUUGGCAAGGUUGACUUCAUCCUACACGAUAACUCAUUGAAAAUGAGACACAUUUUACAUAAAAUAAUUGUAAAAUGUAUAUUUAUAAUGUCAUGGAUAAAGGUUCACCUCUCAAUGGUUUUUGCAUUUUUGGCGUUAAAGGUUAUAAGGACCGGCGAGGUGCCUAGACAUGUAGCGUUUAUCAUAGAUGGCAAUAGACGCUACGCCGAAAUACAAAAAAUACCAAGGAGCAUUUCCUGCGCAAUGGGAGACAGCUCGGGUGUGUCCGAUUCCGAAGAUCAGAAAUUCAACCUUGGUGCAGCACUACAGGCCAAUUUCCAUUUUUCCUUCUCUGUCAAAGGCACUGGAAAGGCGGCUUCCAACAAGCUCAUCCUCAACGCAGCCAAGACGCAAGCCAUCAUUUUUGGUUCGGCUCGCUAUAUUAAUGCUAUUAAUGUAACGUUGUUGCCGAACUUGUCAGUUGGGGAUAUUGCAAUUGAAUUUUUGACACACAUUAAAUAUCUAGGAGUGACAAUUGCUAACAAUCUAUCGUGGGAUAGACAAUUAGCAAGUUUAAGGAAAGUCGGAUCAGUCUUGUAUCAGCUGAGGCUGAGCAGACACUUUUUGCCAGAGACACUGAGAUCUAGACUUGUGAAGGCCUUCAUUUUUCCGCAUUUUGAUUACUGCUGCACGGCGGUUACGAACAUCACGGCAGAGCAAAAUCUUAAGCUGUACAGGGCCAUGAACGCUGCAAGGGAUGAACUUACCCAUGCAAUUAAAGAAAUAACAAUAGGUAUAAUGUGUAAUGAUAUCUUAUUAGAAGAUAUUACUGAAAAUUUGAUUUCUGACUGUUUGUACACUUACAAAUCUUCAAAUCUAGAUUUAUUAAUUCGUACUUCCGGAGAGGUUCGACUUAGUGACUUCCUCAUGUGGCAAGUUUCUACUGCUUGCCUUUACUUUACUAAUACGUUAUGGCCUGAAUUUGAUUUAUGGGAUUUGCUCCGUGCAAUCUUUUAUUAUCAAACAUGUUAUUCUGACUUGCAAAAAAUUAGAAACAAUUCGAAAACACUCGUGCCUAACACCAGAGUAUCCAAGUUCGUCGAUAAGUUGCACCGUAAACGCGAAAUUAUGAUCAAAAAUAUAUAUAAAUCAUCAGUUCAAUCUAAAAACAAAUGA